ACCCCAUGUAGUUUAGAGCGCCACCCAUGACGCCCGCCGCCGGGCGUGGGAUUGCGUAACCGGGAAACUCGCGUGUUGGUUUUGCUCAUCUGUGCAGUGGGUUUUGGUUCUCACCAUGGCCAUCACUCAGUUUCGGUUAUUUAAAGUUUGUACCUGCCUAGCAACAGUGCUCUCCUUCCUGAAGAGACUAAUAUGCAGGUCUGGCAGAGGAAGGAAAUUGAGUGGAGACCAAAUAACUUUGCCCACCACAGUGGAUUAUUCGUCUGUCCCUAAGCAGACAGAUGUGGAGGAGUGGACUUCCUGGGAUGAAGAUGCCCCCACAAGUGUAAAGAUUGAAGGAGGGAAUGGGAAUGUGGCAACACAACAAAGUUCUUUGGAACAAUUGGAACCUGACUAUUUCAAGGAUAUGACACCAACCAUAAGGAAAACUCAGAAAAUUGUCAUUAAGAAGAGAGAACCAUUGAAUUUUGGUAUCCCUGAUGGUAACACAGGUUUUUCCAGUAGAUUGGCAGCUACACAAGAUAUGCCUUUCAUUCAUCAAUCAUCAGAAUUAGGAGACUUAGAUACCUGGCAAGAGAACACCAAUGCGUGGGAAGAGGAAGAAGAUGCAGCCUGGCAAGCGGAAGAAGUUCUGAGGCAGCAGAAGAUUGCAGACAGAGAAAAGAGAGCAGCAGAACAACAAAGGAAGAAAAUGGAGAAGGAAGCCCAGCGCCUGAUGAAGAAGGAACAAAACAAAAUUGGUGUGAAACUCUCCUAACACAUGUUUGCCCAUCACAUCCCAGUGCCAGUAGGAGAAGUCUGGGCCUGCAGCCUUCACGACAAGCAUUUGUAUGGACUGGAGAUAGUUUUCAGAAUACAAAUGCCUGCUUGAUCUUCAUGUGUUGAUUGAGCCAUCCAGGAUACCAGAAUUCUCCCACAAUACCUUGUACUGAUAGUAAUCAAGACUCAAAACACAAAUCAAUGAGACAACUAUUUUCUUCAAUAUGUUCCAAAUAUCAGACAAUUGUUUGCUCUAGCAAAGUAUUUUAAGUGGAAUAUACCAGACCAGUACCUCUCAAGCUAGGGUCCCUAGCUGAAUAAAUUGGGUGUAAAUAAUUUUAUGGUAGAAGAAUUCUCGGCUAUCUAUUAUGCUUUCAUUAUUGUGCAUAAUUAUAAAGUAAUUUUAAUAGCCUUUGUUUCCAUGAUCACUUGACAUAAAUUAAACAAAGUGUAAGGAGGGCUUUACACCCUCAAUUUUUUUUCAGGCAGUGUUGACAUACAUUUUCUGUAAUUCGAACUGGCAUUGUGUGGUACAACAUUAAGGAAUAUGACGAUUUGGAUUUUCAAGAAAAUAACAUUAAAUGCAAUAAUUUUAUUUAUCAAA